UGACCUUGAAAUUGGGUUUAAAUGACCAAAUCAGAUAUGUGGUGAUGUGUUUAGGUCUUUAAGUGUUCCUGGAAAUUGGAUAUCUUAGUAGCACACAGUAGAAUAGUUCACCAUGGAAGCACUUACGGAUUAUGCAAUUUGGGAAAUUGUACUUCUGCUAGUUUCUGUACUGGUAACAAUCUAUCUCUACUAUGUCAGUAAGUUCAGCUACUGGAAGAGUAGAGGUGUUGUGACCCCAAAACCAGUUCCUGUGUUUGGAAACUUCCUCAUGGGCAUGUUACAAAAGCAAUCUCCUGGACAAAUUGUACAACGUGUCUAUAAUGCUGGACCAGGGGAACCAUAUGUUGGCUUCUACAUUUUUGGCAGGCCUGCAAUUGUGAUCCGUGACCCCAGCAUCAUCAAGCAUGUUCUGGUGAAGGAUUUCAAUAUAUUCGCAGAUCGCCAUGUUUCUACAUCAAAAAAUGAUACCCUGGGUAGCCAGAAUCUCUUUAUGCUGCAUGGUGAACCAUGGAAAUAUCUCCGUGUGAAACUGUCGCCCACAUUCACAUCUGGACGUAUGAAGAAGAUGUUUCCUAUGGUUGCUGUCUGUGCUAGACAACUGGUGGACUACCUACUAGAUCAUUCCGGAGAGAAAGACCCUGUUGAAGUAAAGGAAACAACAGCCAAGUAUGCAACAGAUGUGAUUUCAAGUUGUGCAUUUGGAAUUGAGAGCAACUCGCUUAAAGAUCCCAAUGCAGAAUUCCGAGAGUUUGGGAGGAAGGUAUUUAAUUUCACAAGAUACCGCACUCUGGAAGUUUUAGGGAUUUUCUUUGUUCCUUCACUUAUGUCAUUUAUAAAUGGAAGCUUCUUCACAAGGAAAACAACUAAGUUCCUUCGAAAGGUCUUCUGGGAUACGAUUAGUUAUCGGGAAAAAAACAGAAUCACUCGUGAAGAUUUCCUUGACUUGCUGAUACAGCUGAAGAACAAGGGUCACGUUGAUAGUGAAGAGAAGGAAGAUGAGAAUGUUCUAAAUGAAGAGAAAAGCUCAUCACUAUUUGAAUUCAAAGGAGACAAUCUCGUCGCCCAGCCAGCAUUGUUUUUCACAGCCGGCUUUGAAACCAAUGCAACAACCUUAAGCUUCACUCUAUAUGAAUUGGCCCUCCAACCUCACAUUCAGAAGCGACUUCGAGCAGAAAUUGCUGAGAUCAUGGAUAAGAGUAAUGGCACACCAACAUAUGAAGAUGUUUUUGGUAUGAAGUAUCUUGGCAUGGUUGUCUCAGAGACUCUUCGAAAGUACCCACCACUCCCCCUAUUGGACCGCAUUUGCCUUCAGGACUACAAGGUGCCAGAGAGAAACCUAAUCAUAGAGAAGAACACACCUGUGUAUAUUGCACUGCUGGGGCUACACAGGGAUCCUGAGUAUUACCCUGAUCCUGAGUUAUAUGACCCGGAACGGUUCACUGAGGAAAACAAGAGGCUGCAGAAACCAUACACCUACCUACCCUUUGGGGAUGGACCCCACAACUGCAUUGGUCUAAGGUUUGGACUUAUGUCAGUGAAGACUGGACUGGUUCAUAUUCUGUCACAGUUUGAAGUGAAGCCUUGCAAAGAGACACCAAUACCAUUGGUUCUCAGCACAAGAUCCAGCGUGCUGGCAUCAGUGAGCGGCAUUCCACUCACGUUCAUCAGAUCAAAAGCACAGACUUUGUGACAGGGACAAGUGAUACAGGUGUUAUCAGCUUCAUCAACAAACUAUGAGGUGCUAUCAGAGAGUUCCCAGACUAGGUCAAAAACGAAAUGCUGGCUAAACUUAUUCAAUUUUGGUUGCCAUCUCCUUCAAAAUAAUCUCCU